UGCUGGUCGAGGAGCUCUGCUGGACAGCUACGCCAACCUAGAGAGAGUCGCCGAGUACUGCGAGAGCAACUACAUACAGUUUCUGACAAGAACGAGGCAGGAGAGGUCUCUGUGAGGGUCUCAAGAGUCUCUACCUAUAUAUACCACAACAUCAAAUGACGCUUUACCGGAAGUUUACGAGCUGGCUUAUCUUAAUGCGGAAGUUCUAAAGAACACUCCGUGCAUAUGGUCAAUUGUCUCAUCAUAAACAACGAAGUGCAGAUGUACGUGCGAUUCUCCAGAUAAGCACAGAGCUCUAGAAGAAACCAAAAGCUACACCACUCAGUCUUUGGCCAGCGUAGCGUAUCUGAUCAACACUCUCGCCAACAAUGUGCUCCAGAUGCUGGAUAUACAGGCGUCUCAGCUACGCCGCAUGGAGUCGUCCAUCAACCACAUCUCACAGACGGUGGACAUCCAUAAAGAGAAGGUGGCCAGGCGAGAGAUUGGCAUCCUCACCACCAAUAAGAACACUUCCCGCACACACAAGAUCAUUGCACCAGCCAAUCCUGAGAGGCCUGUACGUUACAUCCGCAAGCCCAUUGACUACAGUCUGCUGGAUGACUUAGGCCAUGGAGUAAAGUGGUUACUAAGGUUUAAGGUCAAUGCCCAGAAUAUGAAAGUGGGUACAACUCCACGCACAGCUGCCCCGACCCAGAAACCACCCAGCCCUCCCGGCCCGGGCAAAGGAACCCUGGGGCGCCACUCCCCUUACCGGACGCUCGAGCCUGUGCGUCCACCCGUCGUCCCUAACGACUAUGUGCCGAGUCCAACACGAAACACCGCACCACCCCUGCAGAGCCCGGCUAGAACUGCAUCCGUUAAUCAGAGGACCCGCACGUACAGUAGUGGCAGCAGCGGCGGCAGUCAGCCCAGCAGUCGCAGUAGCAGCAGAGAGAACAGUGGGAGUGGAAGCGUGGGUGUGCCCAUCGCCGUGCCAACACCAGCCCCGCCCACCGCCUUUCCCGGCAAUGGUCCUCACUUUUACAGUAUGAACCGGCCAAUGACACGGCACACCUCGCCCUCAGUGGGAGGUUCCCUGCCCUAUCGCCGGCCGUCAUCAGUUACUGGACAGCCCAACAACAUGCCUCAGAACACAAAUCCAAACAUGAUCCAAAACCAGCUUAAUGGAGGGCCACACUACAACCAAAACCAAGCCCCUAUGGCCCCUCCGCCCCCUUCUAUUCUCCAGAUCACCCCCCAGCUACCGCUCAUGGGCUUUGUGGCUCGGGUUCAGGAGACCAUCUCAGACGCUCCUCCACCGCCGCCUCCAGCAGAAGAGGUGGAGUUUGAGGAAGCAACCCCGCCUCCACCUCCUCCAGAGGACUAUGAGGAUGAGGAGGGUGAUGAUGAGGAAGAGUCAGCGGUGGUGGAGUACAGUGACCCCUACGCUGAAGAAGACCCGCCAUGGGCCCCUCGCAAUUACCUGGAGAAAGUGGUGGCGAUUUACGACUACACGUGCGACAAAGAAGAUGAGCUAUCCUUCCAGGAGGGGGCGAUCAUUUACGUCAUCAAGAAGAACGACGACGGCUGGUUCGAGGGCGUGACAAGCGGCACCACGGGCCUCUUCCCCGGGAACUACGUGGACUCCAUCAUGCAUUACGGAGACUGAGCCACCGGGUGGCGCCACUGCUCCCCUGUCCAUCAUCUUCCUCAUUCUUUUGAGUGCACACACAAACACAAAUUAAUUCAGCUACACUACAUUAUGCACAGGCUUGUUGCAGACAAACAGACUGAGAGCUGCAGGAAAAGGAAGAUUUUAACGGAAAAACUGUUGCGUAAGAUAAAUACAUUAGGAACAUUUAUUAAUCUCUUAAUUUCAAUCAUGUAUCAGAAAAGUGUUGGUUUGCUUGACUUGUGUUUAUAGUGAUCGCUUUGCUUUCGCUCCUAUCCGUCUCUACUCUGGAGGAAUGGGUCUGACAAGUAGAAGGACAGUUGUACUUUCUCAUGUCAUCACGGAAUUGGAAGAUGGCCAUCACUUCUUAACCGUGUGCUGUCCACUGACCAGCAACUGACAAGAGAAGCUUUUGCCAAGAAUGACAGAACAGGGAUUUUAUGCAUAUUGUUGUGCCAGGUAACAGAGACGCAUGGAUUGCUUUAGUUUUUCAUUGUGUUGGUAGUUGAAUUUCGUUUAAACCGUUACAUUUUGAGUGCAGUUCAGUUAGAUAUCUUUAGCAGGAGGAUAUACCAAAGCAUUUCAGUGGCGUUUGGGACCGACUACAACCUUAAAAUACUUCUUUUUCACCAUUCCUUUACAUUCAUUGCUUUCCAAGAUUUUAUUGCUUGAAAUAUUUGCAAGUAUGUGUAUUCUUUGUAUGUAUGAUAAAAAGUAAAGAACACUAUUAAAUUGUUCAGGAAGUUGGUGCCAUAAAGAAAUGUUCGUAGAUGGUCAUAUUUUUGUUUCUUGAAUCUCAAGUUCAAGUUUGUCUUCAGGAUGAACAUGUGUAUUGUGAUCUUUAACCUCCGAUUCAUCCCUUUGACCAACUGCGGACUUAAAGAUGCAAGACUAUUCUAUAUGUAUGUUAUAUAUUGAUUUAUAUUAUAGAAAUACUGUUGUGUUGGUGUAUGACUGGUGUAGAGACAAGAGAACCACAUUUAUCUGCAAUAACAAAGGCACAGUUAGAAAGUCCAAAGUCGACGAGCUAUAGAUUUUUAAAGCACAAGAGAGAAACGUGAUCUUAGGGAGACCUUAUAAAAUGUGAAGAACUGAUUUUUGAAUGAAGAGAUAUUAAACUGAAACCAGCCCAAAUUUUAAAAUCUCCUCGUACCCACAUGCAGAUAAUGUGGAACAAACUGUAUUAAUGCACAGAGACUUUUUUUUAUCAAGUACUUUGAUGUCUAUAUGUAAGUGUGUGAGUGUGAAACCGAUUGAUUUUCACCGUUUCUGGAUCAUUGGUGACUGACUUGCUUGUCUGUGUGCAAAUCUUUAUUUUCAAUGAACAGUCUGUGCUGAGGGUGUGUGAAUCGAGUCUUGCAUGUUGAUCAUUUCUGUGAUUUUCCUGCUGAUGGAGAAUAAACUGGAUAUAUCUGG